UAUCAUUCCACGCAAUCUCAUUUCAUUUGUAGAGAUGAGGAAAUAACACGCUUCAAAACGACACCACCUGAGAACGCGAAAAGUUCUUUAGACAACAUGGUAGUGCAGAGAGAAGCAAUAAGCGAUCAAGUUGCAAGCAGAGACGCAUUGGACCGUAUACUAGUUACUGAAAAGCUAUCAGAAGAAGGUAUAAAGAUCUUAAGGAAAAGUUUCGAGGUGCACUUGAAGUACGACUUGUCCCCAGAAGAACUUCUACAAACUAUAGGAGAUUACGAAGCACUCAUUGUUCGGUCUGGGACAAAGGUAAAUAGAGAAUUACUGUCUACCGGUAAGCGGUUAAAAGUAGUUGGACGAGCAGGCGUUGGAGUUGACAACAUUGACCUGAAGACAGCAACAGAACGAGGUAUUUUGGUUGUCAAUGCACCAACGGGAAACUGUGUCGCAGCAGCUGAGCAUACCAUUGCCCACAUUUGUGCACUUUCAAGAUAUAUUGCCCAGGCAGACGCCAGCAUGAAGCAAGGAAAGUGGGAGAGAACUACUCUCGUUGGCUCCUCCUUGGAAGGAAAGACUUUAGGAGUUGUUGGUCUUGGACGCAUAGGAAGAGAGGUAGCUCGAAGGGCAAGAGGACUUGGAAUGAAAAUUAUAGCUCACGAUCCUUAUACUUCUGAAGAGACCGCAAGGAGUCUUGGCAUAAAGCUUGAAGCCUUGUCUGUCGUCGUAUCAAAAGGUGACUUUGUGACUUUGCACGUUCCUCUGAUAGAUAGUACAAAGAAUCUGCUGAAUCGUGAACUCAUAUCCAGGAUGAAGCCUGGUGCUCGAGUCUUGAAUAUUGCUAGAGGAGGUCUGAUUGACGAAGAGGCUUUACUCGAAGCGUUGGAAGAAGGAAGAAUAGCUGGUGCAGGACUUGACUGCUUCGUUACAGAGCCUCCAUCGAAAGUUCCAGAUAGCACUUCAAAUAGAUUGGCGAAGCAUCCAAAGGUUUUAGCCACUCCACACCUUGGAGCGUCUACUGUAGAGGCGCAGUUAGAUGUUUCUUUGGAAAUUGCAGAAGCUGUUUCUGCUGCGUUGCUUGGGGAACUUGUUCCUACUAUGGUAAACGCUCCUGUAGUAUCAUCUGAGGCUUUAUCACAUCUCAAACCGAGAGCUUUAUUGGCGGAACGUUUAGGUCGCUUAGCCUAUUCUUUUGCAAAUGGUAAUGUCUCGGGUGAAGUGACCAUUCGUUUCUCAUCAAGUGGCAAUGAAGGCGAAAAUCGUCUCAUUCGUGCUGGUCUGAUAAAAGGACUUAUGGAGCCAGGUUGUGACCACGUUAUCAAUGUAGUGAAUGCUGAUAACAUAAGUAAGGCACAUGGCCUGCAGGUCACCGAAGUAAAUCGCUUUUCGAAUAAGGAUGAGGACGCAAUUAUACUUGAGAUGAAAGGCUCUCCAUCUAUCGAAGGACGUGUUGUUGGCGGAAAACCUCACGUGACACGUAUCGGAGAUUUUGAGUUGGACCUUCUCUUGGAAGGACUUGUGCUUGCCUAUUAUCAGACCGAUAUGCCGGGCCAAAUUGGAAAAGUUGGUUCUAUACUUGGCCAAGCUAACGUGAAUAUAUCGUUUAUGACGCUUGGUAGACAUUUGCCAUCGAAAAAGGCAAUGGUUUUAUUGGGUCUAGACAAUGAACCGGACACAGCUACCUUGGAAAGAAUAAGAGUUCAGUUGGAGCUCGAAAGAAAACCGGUACUUUUGGAUUUAGACGGUCAUCAUGACUGAUAUAGCAUUUUGCCGACUAUAUAUAAAAGGAAUUGCUCUUUU